UGGAGCUGUGGGGUCGAGGGGCGGCGCCCUGGGGUCGCGAGCAGAACCACCCGGGGCGAGAUCCUGCCUGACCCCGCCGAGUGCAGCCCCCGGCCCUGCUCCUUACUGGCCAGCAUGUCCUUCGUCGCGGUGUCCGAGGAUUCUGACUUCCCCAUCCACAACCUGCCCUACGGCGUCUUUUCCACCGCAGGCAACCCAAGGCCGAGGAUCGGUGUGGCCAUUGGCGACCAGAUCCUGGACCUCAGUGUCAUUAAGCACCUCUUCACCGGGCCUGUCCUCUCCAAACACCAGGAUGUCUUCGAUCAGGUAGGGCUCCAUGCCACGUCGUGGCUGCUGGAUUUAUUACAAAUGACACCAGGAAGAUGCUCUUUCCCUCCCAUUUCGGAUAAGAGAUACGUCCCGCACGGCAAUGCCUACCAUCGCUUCACCCCCAGGAUGCUGACAUUCAUCCCCGAGGACCCCUCACGCUGCAGGGCUCUGCAUGCUUUCUUUGUAGGCCCUGGGAACAACUUCGGAGAGCCGAUCCCCAUCUCCAGGGCCCAUGAGCACAUUUUUGGAAUGGUCCUUAUGAACGACUGGAGUGCUCGGGACAUUCAGAAGUGGGAGUAUGUCCCUCUUGGGCCAUUCCUUGGGAAGAGUUUUGGAACCACCAUCUCUCCAUGGGUGGUGCCCAUGGAGGCCCUCAUGCCCUUUGCCGUGCCCAACCCGGAGCAGGACCCCAAGCCCCUGCCGUAUCUCCGUCACGACCGGCCCUACACGUUCGACAUUAACCUCUCUGUCACUCUGAAAGGUACUGUCGUGGAGCUGGAGGGUGUGUCCAUGGCUCGCACGGUUGGGAAACAGAACAGCAAGUACAUGUACUGGACGAUACUCCAGCAGCUGACCCACCACACCGUCAAUGGCUGCAACCUGCGCCCAGGGGACCUGCUGGCUUCUGGAACCAUCAGCGGGCCGGAGCCAGAGAGCUUUGGCUCCAUGCUGGAGCUGUCGUGGAGGGGAACGAAGGCCAUCGAGCUGGGGAACGGACAGACCAGGAAGUUUCUGCUGGACGGCGAUGAAGUCAUCAUAACAGGGCACUGCCAGGGAGAUGGGUACCGCGUCGGCUUUGGCCAGUGUGCUGGAAAAGUGCUGCCCGCUCUCUCGCCCGCGUGACCUUCUCUGCAUUGCUGGAUGCAAGGAGCUCCCCGUCCCCCCACCUGGGGCGUUAGCGGCCGUCUGUGCGGCUGUGAGCCUGGUUCCUCAUGCUGGGUAAAUAAAGCCAUUGUGCUUGGCCUUCACGCUCUACGCCCUGUGCUGUCGUGGUGUGUGAGGUCCCCGCACGCUCUGGAUUUGAUCCGGAAGGUCCUGGAGAGACCCUCACUUGUCUCGUUCUCAUGAGUGGUGCUCAUCACACGUCCUUCCCGUCA